UCGAAAGUUGAAAUACCAGAACCCCAAACCACGCACUUCAUUUGUUAAAGAAGUUAACUUAGCUAAACCACAAUGGCAGCGAAUAAGGGAUCAACAUCGCCCUCUCCGUUGAUGCCCUCCGCCCCCAGCUACAUGCGGAGUGAUCAGGAAGCCGCAGCGUCCGCUCCACCGAGCGCGGCAGAGCUUCGUCACAAGAAGCACAUGAGAUGCCUUCUCUACGUGACUAUCAUUUCCAUUUUCCAAGUAGUAGUCUUAACAGUCUUUGCACUCACCGUGAUGAAAAUCAAUAGCCCUAAAUUCCGGGUCCGGUCGGCGACGAUCAUUGAUAUUAAAGUCGGCAACGCCACAAGUCCUACGUUUGAUUUGGAAAUGGACGUUCACUUUGGAGUGAAGAACACCAACUUCGGCUACUUCAAAUAUAAAGACGGCUACGUUUUGUUUUCAUAUGGAGGUGUGAGAAUUGGACAGACCAAUGUGGAGGAGGAACGUGUUAGGGCAAGAUCGACUAGGAAGGUAGACGUAUCAUCCGUGAGCUUGACCUCGAGUGCCGGCAAACCUAACUCACGGCUGGGCAGUGAUAUUAGUACCGGGGUUAUUCCGAUCACGGUAUCUUCAAAGUUGGAUGGAAAGAUUCACCUGAUGAAGGUGAUCAAGAAGAAGAAGUCUGCUCAGAUGAACUGCAAUAUGGAAGUUGUUCUGGCCACAAAGUCUGUCCAAAAUAUUGUAUGCAAGUGAA